UGCGAAAGGGAAGGACCUUGCUCUCAUUUUUGUGAACGCUUCAUUUCUUCGAGUCGAUUCAACGGACGAGACUUUGGACCGCAUUCCAGGAUGUGGCCUCUGCGCACUCCAGUCCUCAAGAUAACUUCCUCCCCGAUCGUUCUCAUCUUGGCGCUCUUCGCGGGCCACGCAGCAGGGGAUGCCUUCACGCCACUGCAAGCCUUGCACGCGAACCCCGGCGACAUGGUCACGUGCAAGAUGGGCCCGGUGGCGCACUGGCUGCUGGCGUCCAACCGACCCGGCUACUUCAUCAACGUGCAGCCGGGCUCACCCUCAUUCGAGGUGAAGGAAGUCCACUUCUCGGAGGCCGGCGGCAAGAGCGACAUCCGAAAGUGUCGUAAUCUCGGUCCUGGUCUUUUCGGCGCCUGGGCCGUGGCGAGGGCGCGUCUCCCGCACCUGGACCGAUCAGUGUACUACCACCUGCUGAGGUGCAACUGCGAGCACUACGUGAAGGCGUGGGCGGGGAUGCCCCUCUGCUCCAACCAGGCCGCCAUGUGUCCCUGCCAUAAGUGCCGUCAGUAUUUGACCGCCCUCCCCAUGGCCCGUACCUCUGAGUCGCUGACCAGCCGCCGUGGUCUCUUUGGAACUGUUUCCAAACUCUUUGGCCACUUUAAAGCCAGGCGGAUGUAAGGCCCUCAGGCCUCCCAGUGCACUGUGAAAUUGAACCAAUAAAGACUGUUGUUGUCAAA